CCCCCCCCCCGGGCCGGGCGGCCGGAGGGAGGGAGGGAGGGAAGGGGGCCGGUGCUCAGGUGGCCCUUCGCUGCAGGCCAGAUCUACUGGGCCAAGGACAUCAUCUUCCUGGCGAACGAGCACGACCUGAUUGGGAUGGAGGCCUGGCUGGAGGCUUAUCAUGACGUCAACGUGACAGGGACCCAGUCGUCAGGGACGUUCGGCCGAGCGGGAGCCAUCCAGGCCGCGCUGUCUCUGGAGCUGAGCAGCGACGUCAUCACCAGCUUCGAUGUGGCCGUGGAGGGACUGAACGGGCAGCUGCCCAACCUGGACCUGGUCAACCUCUUUUACUCCUUCUGCCAGAAGAACGGAGUGCUGUGUACCAUCCAAGGCAAGCUGCAGCGCUCGGACUGGGACUCCCUGCCGGCCUACCUGCACUCCCUGCAAACGCUGCUGCUGAUGGUGCUCAAGCAGGGCUCGGGCCACCCGCAAGGCGACCACGGUCUCUUUCUCCGCUACCACAUUGAGGCCAUCACAAUUCGUGGCAUCAACAGCUUUCGCCAGUACAAGUUUGACAUGGGCGUGAUGGGCGUGACCCUCGAGGGCAUCUUCCGGAAGCUGAACAACCUGCUGGAGCGGCUGCACCAGUCGUACUUCUUCUACCUGUUGCCGUCGCUCUCCCGCUUCGUCUCGAUUGGGCUCUACAUGCCGGCCUUUGGCUUCCUCAUCCUCGUCCUGGUUCUCAAGGCCCUGGAGCUGUGGAUGAAGCUGAGCAGCUUCGACAGGGAAGGGAGCCCCCUCUGCGACGGAGACCAGGUUCUGAAUCCAGCUACCAUGGAGGAACCGAGGCCCAGCUUGCUAACUCUGGUUCCCCCACUGCUCGUCUGCCAUGCCACAGGACUCGCUCUCUACUUCGUGCCAGUGUGGGGGCAGCGGGUGGCCACGGAGCACUUCCCUGUCUCUGAGUCAGAGGCAGUGGUGCUCACCAGCAUCGCGAUCUACGUGGCAGGGCUGGCCUUGCCGCACAACACGCACCGAGCCUUGAUGGGGUCGGGGAGCGACCGGGGCUGGAGGAUGCUGAAGCUGCUCGCGCUGCUCUACUUGGCCAUGCAGCUCAGCUGUGUCGCUCUGAUCAAUUUCUCCCUGGGCUUCCUGCUGACGGUCACCAUGGUGCCCGUGGCAGCAAUUGUGCAACCCACGGGGCCCAGGUACCUGUACGCGGGGCUGCUGCUGCUGGUCACCCCAGCCGUCACCCUCCUCUUCUGCAUCUUCCUGUACCAAGAGCUCAUGGAGUACCCGAUUUCGCUGCUGGAGGGCUGGCAGCGGUUCCUCCAGGCGAUAGCCGAGGGGCUGCUGGACCACUACCUCUACGGCUCCAUCGUCUUUCCCUUCGUGGCCAUCUUCGUCUACCCCUGCUGGCUGCUGCUCUGGAACGUGCUCUUCUGGAAGUAGCUUUCUGGCUGGCGCAGGCCCCUGCCGUGCGAUUUCCGGGAGGCGCCGCGGAGCUGUGGCCCCACGGCGCCUGUUGGCCAGGGAGAUUUCUGAAGCGCCGGACCCCCCCCUCCUCCGGCAGACUCCUGUUGGCGCCCCGAACGGCUCUCCAGCAGGGCGGGAAGGUGGCGUGGUUGCCGACCUCGCAACGUUGACUGUUCGGCUGCGGGUUGGACCCUGGUUCUUGGGGGCAAGGCC